AUGGAGAAAUGCUCUGCCUAUCUUCAAGAAGGGGAAAACGGUGGAUUUAGGAAACUACAGACCAGCCAGCCUGCCAUGAACAUCAGGCCAAAUUCUUCAACAGAGAAUUCCUUGAACUACCCUGAAGAGCAUCACAUGGAUAAUCCAGAAUGGUUGAAUCAAACAGUUGUCAAAGAAUUCAUCCUCCUGGGAUUUGGCAAUAUCCAUGAAUUUCAGAUCCUUCUCUUCCUGGUAUUUCUAGUAAUCUACCUUGUGACCAUGGUGGGGAACCUUCUGAUUGUUGUCUUAGUUACACUUGAUCAGCACCUUCACACUCCUAUGUAUUUCUUCCUGGUGAAUUUGUCUUGCUUAGAGAUGUGCUAUAUCUCAACCAUUUUGCCCAGGAUGCUGGAUAGUUUCUUAACUGGGAACCAGUCUAUGUUAGUGAUGUCUUGUUUCACACAACUAUAUUUCUUUGGGGGCUUGGCUACUGCAGAAUUCUAUCUCCUUGCAGCCAUGUCUUAUGAUCGGUAUCUAGCAAUAUGCAAACCACUGCAUUAUGUGACCCUGAUGGAUGUCAGAUCCUGCCUGCAGCUCUCAAUUAGUUCUUGGAUCAUUGGAUUCCUGGUUGACUCUCUAACCACCUAUUUUAUGACACAGUUAAUAUUUUGUGGACCUAACAUAAUUGACCAUUUUUUCUGUGAUUUUACACCACUACUUCAACUCGCCUGCAAUGAUAGUGUCAACAACACACAACUACUGAUAUUUAUUGUGUCUUCUGUAUGUGGACUACCACCAUUUAUUUUAACCCUUAUGUCCUAUGGCUACAUCAUAGAAACCAUUCUCAGAAUCCCAUCCUCAGUAGGAAGGAAGAAGGCCUUUUCCACCUGCUCAUCACAUCUCAUUGUGGUUACACUCUUUUAUGGGACCAUAGUCAUUGUGUAUGGUUUACCGAAAAACAGUACACUUAGGGGGCUAAACAAAGCCAUUUCUGUAAUCUACACUGUCUUGACUCCAUUGGUGAAUCCUUUUGUAUACAGUCUGAAAAAUAAAGACAUUAAACAUGCUUUGAGCAAAGCUGCCAGACAUUUUGUUGGUUGA